AUGAUAGCCUUGCGCCCUGGACUUACCUCCCCAGCAACGCAUCUACGACCUUUGUCCUUUCUCCUCCGACCUGUCAUCGCUCUCGACAAACCACCCUACGGGCCUCUAACAAAGUUGCCGAGACCUAUACUGAUCAAAUCCACCGCGACCUCGACCCAGCAUUUCUCUACAUCUACUCUAGAUGCGCAAGAUGCCACCUCCCAAUCCUCCGUCUCUCCCACCGAAAUCUCGCACUUCUCCCGCCUCGCCUCUUCCUGGUGGGAUCCCCACGCCAUCGACCCCACCCCUUCCGUCCUCGCCGUUGCCAAAGAACACCAACGCCACGACCCAGCCCUCUCGCCUCCCAAACUCAACUACCUCAACACCGCCAUCGAAGACCUGUCCGUCCCCGUCUCCGACGACGAAAAAGUCGACAUAAUCACCCUCUUCGAAGUCCUCGAACACAUCGACCGCCCCGCCACCUUCCUGGGAUCAUGUAUCCCGCACCUCAAACGCGGCGGCUGGAUCAUCGCGCCGCUGAUCGGGGUGGUGCCGCCGGGGACGCACGAUUGGAAUAAAUACAUCAAUCCCGACGAGCUGGAGGCUUGGUUCGAGAAGAGAAGCAGACAGGCUCCGCGCGAGGAGAGAUGGGGCAGCAUGAUAAAGCAGGGGGUCGUCUACGUGCCCGGGCUGGGAUGGAAGAUGAUUCCCUUCUCGGACGGGUGGGGUAACUACUUCUUUGGCGUGCAGAGGUCGGUCGAUUGA